GGGCAUCUGCGUGUGCGUUGUCUGUGGGGUGAACAGUAUGGCAGACAUGCAUGUGAAGGCUGGCGGGGAAUUAUAUCGACUUUUCAGCUAACCCUAGCCGAGAGCUUAAUCGGGUCGCGAACGUGGCCAAACACUUCAGCGGAAUGGACGAGGAGAUGAAGCUCCAGUUCCCGUCUCUGCCCGCCACAAAAGAAGAGCUCCCGGACUGGGCUUAUACGAUGAGAAGAGAAAUGCAGGAAAUAUUACCAGGACUGUUCUUAGGUCCUUACUCUGCUGCCAUGAAAAGCAAACUGCAGAUCCUGGAGAGAGAGGGCAUCACGCACGUCGUGUGUGUGCGGCAAGACAUCGAAGCCAAUUUUAUCAAACCUAAUUUCCCUCAUUUAUUUAGAUACCUUGUGUUAGAUAUUGCAGACAAUCCUGUGGAAAAUAUCAUAAGAUUUUUCCCUACAACUAAAGAAUUUAUUGAUAACUGUUUAGCAACAGGAGGAAAGGUACUAGUUCACGGUAAUGCAGGGAUCUCAAGAAGUGCUGCCUUAGUGAUUGCCUACCUAAUGGAAACAUUUGGAAUGAAAUACAGGGAUGCAUUCAGUCACAUCCAGGAAAGGAGGUUCUGUAUAAAUCCAAACAUAGGAUUUGUUAAUCAGCUUCAGGAGUAUGAAGCGAUCUACCUCGCCAAACUGACCAUUAAGAUGAUGUCAUCCAUGCAGCUUGGCUGCUCCUUCUUACGAGGAGGCAUGCCAGGAAGCCGUAAGCGCAGCCUGGAGGAAGAGGACGACUUUGGAGCAAUGCAGGUCACAGCAGCACAAAAUGGAUGAGCCUUGCUUACAUUUAGUCACGUGGCACAUUGCACUCUUUCUUUUUACAUUUUUAAUGAGAUUAAAAAUGUAGAUAUUUGAACCUUUUUCUAGCGAAGGGGGGGCGGGCGGCACUCAUGUCUGAGACAUGGAAGUCUAACGGGGAUGAUUUUUGCCGUUUCUUGAGCUGUAUGCACUGAUGGGGAGACUUUUUGCAGUUUUAUAGUAUUUAAAGCAUUUUUGCAUUUGCAGCGGGACAGUAUUGCAAUAAUGCACGUUCGAUACUUGAAUUUGUGGAAACUACCAGAUUGGGGCAGGAAAAGGGAAAGUGGUCACGACGUCGCCCAUCGAAGGACUUACAAAGAGGGAUAAUUGAUGCCUUAUUUUGGUGUCAUAAGAUUAACAUAUAUAUAUCUGUCUUAAUGUUAGGAAGAAAUUGUUGCAAAAUAAAAUGACUGAAUGAAUUUGAAGUUGUAUAUUUCAUCUUAACCCUUUACAGGGCACUCAUUUAUAAAAAUAAAACAUGUUAUUAAGGACCACAACCAGACUCUUUAUUCAUUUUAAUUUCAUUAGUUUAACAUACUAUAAUAAAAUUGUAUUCAUUUGUUUAAAAAUGUACUGUAAUUUUUGGACUAUAAGGAGCACAUGACUAUAUACUGCACCCACAUUUUAAGAACUUUUUUCAUAUGUAAGCCG